AGCAGUCCGUUCUUAUUUUAAGACUGUCUUGAUCUAUACUAAUAUCUCCGUAAUUGGAUGAUAUCUUAAGAUUGUACUCAAAUAAAAGAACAGACCAUAAAUACCAUAACCCAUAUCAAAUUCCUACCGGAGGUUAACCACAAACCACAACUUUAUGUUCUUUCAACUUAAUCAUUUACUCUUAAAUAACUGCAGAAAAUGGUCGCGUUGUCUGGAAGUUCUAGUCGAUCCGCAUGGUUUUUCCUAAUUGCGCUGGUAACAAUAAUGUAUCAAUCCGCAGGAAAGCCGUCGCAGGUGAUAGUAUGCAGUCAGCCGGAUAGUUUCACGGUCCAAAUAACCGAAAACGAACAUGUUGUUUACGACACCGAAUUAUUAAUCAGAUACAACCAACACGUUGGAAUUUUCUCUUAUCCCGAAAUAAAGGUAGUAAACGUUGUCUUCGACGAAACCGUCAUAGAAUUCAAAGGAAAUAUGUCACAAGAAUAUAUGAUCCAACGAUCACAUGAAAAACUUUCUUGGAAUGCUAGUGGUAUCAUUUUAGGAAUCGGUACGCUCCAAAAACUAAGCAAGGAGGAUUAUGCAGUCCAAGACUGUCACUUAUUUUUACCGGCGAAUAUCAAAGGCAGUGCUAAUUUACCAAGGGCUGUAGAAGAAGCAAUUAUUUAUUACGUUCAAUCUUGUGCCAAAGAACGCCUUUGUGAGAGAAUAGGAACAUUAAAGGCAGAACAACUUCAAAACAUCAAUAAAUAUGAAGAAUAUGGACAUACCAUAGCUCGUAUUAUUCGUCCCAACAUUCCAAAAGUUGAUUUAAGCAUGAAUGUGAUCGUGGAUAUUGUUCUCAAAAAAGUGAUAAACUAUAUUAAACAGAAUGGAAAAUCCAUAAUUGAAAUUCCUAAUGUAAUGGAAACAUUCAAUAUGGGGCUUGGAAUGAAAUGUCACUUCGAAACAAAUCAUGGAAUCUUUGCAAAUUUGUCGACUUUAAAGCGAACGGAAGAUGCAUUUAUGUCCAACAUAGGGAAAACACACGUUAUACAAGCUGGCUUUGGACUUUCCACGGUUAAAUUUUAUUACAAUUAUUAUAAGCUUAAAGUUGGUUUAAUAACGGUUUGUGGCGACGUAAUGGGAAUUGUCGAAGGAUUAGCAAUAGCAGCAAAACUGAUCAUUGAUUAUGAUAAAACGUGCAGCGUGAAUUUGAAAUAUGUCAAUGUGACAGAACUUGGCAAAAUCAACUUAAAAAUGACUGGCUUAGAUCCGCUUAAUUUAACAUCCAAAGUAUUGACUUGGAUAACAAGAAUGUGGCAAGACAGAAUUGUUAAAGUUGUCGAAGUUAAUAUCAGGAAAAUCGCUGAAAAACAAUUAAGUGAAUUUAUUUGUCAAAAUUAUAGUAAUGAGGUCAUAUCUUGAAAUAUUUUCUUGAAUUAUAAUCUCGCAAAUCUGAUAAAUUAAAACAAUUAUUCGGUAAAUAAGCAUUUGAAAAAAGCCUAUACUAUAAAGCAUAUAACACAUGAGUUUAAAAUAUUAUCUAAACUUUCGCUUUUUACAUAGAUGUAAAUCAUUAUUGUGCAAAACGACUUUACAAAAUAUCUUUUAAAUCAUGAUUUUUAUUAUAUUAUACAGCAAUAUAUAUUUAUUAUAUUAUACAGCAAUAAAUCAAACAUUUUU